GCAGGUGGGAGGAGACAGAGAGAGACAUAAACCUGCCGGAUGCUGCGCAUCUCCCACAGUGUCUGACAGCCAGCAGAAGCCGGACGUCGGCUGAUCACAGAGCGCAAUUGAGGAAUAAGAGGAAGGCUGCCAUGCUUAUCUGGGUGGCGACUGUCACUGUGCUCCACCUGCUGGCCCACGGACUCGCGGUGCUUCCACAGGAACCUGCAGCAUCACACAUGGUCGCCUCUAAUGAGUCCCCGCUGCCCUUUCCUCCAAUGCCGUUGGACUUCAAAGACAAGGCCAGGAAACUGAUGAGCAAGUGCCUCCCAAUGGGACAUCCCCCACUAACCCUGAUGGACAACAUGAGCAGUCCAUUGCCGCAGAAACUGACUGGGUCCAGUCCAUUCUCCCUGUUCCUCCCCUUGCUCUCCUCCUUGCCUCCACCACUGAAGUCUGAGUCACAUAUGAAUCCAUUUAACGCUACAGGAGACCAGCCCUCAAGAUCCAUGAACUGGUCUGUGUCUCACGUCUCUUCCUUUUACUGGCUGGAUGGGAAGAACAUCACAGAAAGGCUGAUGAACUGCUCCUGCUUACUGCAGGCGGUUGAGAUCUUGAAGAACACAUCGGAUGCACAUCGCUGUCUCCUGCGAGCCUUUGUGGCCCCUCUGGCCUGGGAGGCCCUGGUGAAUGGGUCUGGUUUUAAUGCUCAGGAACGGAACCUGCUUCUCUGGGCAUCCAAGGUUCUCCUCCAGGAGGUACCGCUACCCAGCUCAGCCUUGCCUGCAGAGUUGGAUCACCAGCAGCUGUCAGAAAUGAUGGGUGUGUUCAAUGAGGUAUUCGAGUCAAUAUCCAUGGAUCAAAAAGUGAAGAUCGUGAACUGGGUCAAACAGCAAAUCAAUCAGAACUGCAGGGUCCUACUGCCCUCGGGAUCUAGGCCACCAGGUCAGCAGAAAGCCAAAGUCUCACCAGUAGCCGGCACCACAGAGCCCUGCCUGCCUGGUAUGUGGCUCUCAGCAGAGGUCAUGGACAUCCUGCGUCGCUUCCUAACCCUGCUGCCACCCUCAGAGUUUAAAAGCGUCCCUAAAGAGCAGCUCUGCCCAUUUGUCCAGUCCGACCAGUUUCGAGUCUCUUUCCGCAAACUGGGUGACGAUGGUUCCACCCUUGGAAAGACUUUGCUCAGCAGAGUAAAGCAAGACUGUUUCUCCAAGGAGCAGGAAUUCCUCCAGAACCUUGACAAACUGGGCCCCCUGACCUGUUUCUAUGGCGAUGCCACGCCUCUCAAUGUGUCCCUGACUGAGCGCCUGCUGCCCCAGCUUGCUGACUGCAACAACUCUGAUGCUGAUAAGCUAAGGGUAGAACUGGUGAAAAAGCUUGUUUCUGGGAAGGGGAAUCUGAGCCCGCAGUCAGUGAUGUGGCUGGGCCCGGCGGUGUCAGCGCUGCCCACUUCCUGGCUGGCCAACCUGUCCCUCUCCACCAUCCAGAGCAACCUGCCUUCGCUGGGUAUGGCCAAGUGGGGCCCAGCCCAGGCCUGGGUGCUGGCGAACACCCUACUGCAGGGAGCCCAGUCAGUGUCCAGUGGCGACUUGCUGUCUCUGGGAUCAGUGGUGCGGGGCGUCCGCAGCUCUCUGCUGUGCAAGGUGGAGGCCCAGGGACUGCUAGGUUCACAAGGGCUGGGCAGACUCAGCCGGGAGCUCUCUACCCUGCAGAAGGUGGCGCUACUGGACGGGCUUCACAGAAACAUAAGCAUGCCGGAAUUGGUGAGCAGCCUCCCAGACGGACUGCUGUCCCAGCUGUCCCUGGAGAUGCUGGCGAAAGCCGGGCUACAGUCUGCUGAGCAAGUUAGGGACCGAAGCUGGACCCGCGCCCAGGCUGCCUUCAUCAUGAGCAAGAUUCUGAGUGGGAAGCUGACUCUGAAGGAGUUGGGGAAGCUGGGUCCAGCAGUGCAGGGCGUGACCUGUGAGAUGAUCGAUAGAACUAAUCAGAGUGAUGUCAUGGAGAUGAUCCAGAUGCUGGCUUUGAACGCACAGUGGCUCUCCAGAACCCAGGCAUUGUGUGCCAAUGCGAAGCUCUUUUACAACAAGGAUGGUAACUUCAGCAACUUCAGCAGCAUUGAUGUGAACAGCAUUCCUGCGGUUAUGCUGCUUGAGCUUAACCCUAGAAUAAUAGCAAGUCUGCCAAAACAUCACUGCUCGCAUUUCCUGGAGAAGAUGGCCGUGCUCAACAUGUCUUCCCUGCCAAUGAAAUCCCCGUCAUGCCAGGCCCUCGCUGAUAAGGCUCUGUCUUGCCUGGGAAGGAACCUCUCCACGCUCUCACCUGAGGACAUCAGUCACUUGGGAAGUCUAGUGUGUGCAUUAGAUGUAAGGCGUCUCUCUGGACUGAGCCCAGAGGCCAUUAACGCCAGUCUGCUGGCAUUGGCCAAGUGUCCCACCCUCCGUCGUGAUAACGCAGAGGCCAUCUUCACACUCCUGAAGACCACAUAUGGUGACCCCUCAGAAUGGACGGCCAGCACAGUGAUGUCCCUGGGACCCCUUCUGCUGCUGAAUGAGUCCAUCCUCACAUCCCUUCCUUCUGAGGCGUGGGUGAAGGAUGCCCUCAUUAACAUCAAGGACAGCAUGCCCCAGACUCUAUCCUCUGGAUCUCCAGAAGUGUUUCCCACGUUGACAGACCUCUCUGCCUUGCACAGGAAGCUAUUUAUCCUCACUACAGGAUCUAUACCUGCUCGCACCAAACGAGACGUACCAGCAUUCUCCUCCAUAAGCAUCCCCACAGUGCUAGAGAUCGAGGACCUAGGAGAGAGAAAUGUGUACUGGAGUCCAGCUCAGCUUGCAGGCAUCCCCCCUCAAACGUUCAGGGAUGGGGUGUCUACCCUUGGGAUGGUCCGCAAUUACAGUGCCAUGCAGCUCCAGGCCCUGCGCAAUAAAACGAUGGAGGUCUGGGGUCAGCCAGGAGGACUGUCCGAGGAGCAGGUGCAACAGCUGGGCUGCGUCACCCAGAGUUUCCUCCACACUGAGCUCCAGGAACUCAACAUCAGCUCCCUGGACACCCUGGAGAUGCUUUCCUCAUGUAUCUGGGAGCAGAGACAGAGGACAGCGGUGUGGCUUGGGUUUAUGAACCGUACUGGUUGCACACCAGCCAAGCUGGGAACCAUGGAGAUUGUGGGACUGGGCCAGUUUCUGUGUGGACUGAGUGUUAAAGAAAUCGGUCAGCUGAGACCAGAGGCGUGCAGGGAGGCGCUGGGGGCACUGGGCAGGACCCACUGCCCGGUUGAUGUGGCCAUGCAGCUGAAGGUGCAGGUGCUGAAAGCCAUCGGAGCCCCAGCAAACUGGUCAGCAGCCCAAGUGAACAGUGCAGGGAACAUACUGGCUACCUUGAACGCCUCAGAGCUGCAGAGCUUGAACCCCUCUGUGCUGCCCUUUAUCCAGCCAUCCACCAUCCCGCUCAUUCCCCCAGCUAUGCUGGCCAUGCUCUCACCUAGUCAGCUAAAGGCACUGGGUCCUGACAAUGCUGAAAUGGUGACUGAGGCCCAGAAGCAGCCACUGACGAGCGAGCAGAGGGCUUCUCUGGGAGAUACAGGAGCUGUGUCCUCCAUGGGCUUCGUUGGAACACCCGCUGUUUCACUACCACAAAGGGGUGGAACUCCUGGGCUGAAUUCAACUACAAGUGUCAUUGUCUUACAGCUACUUCUGUUAUUUGUGCUAAAAUACAGCUCUGGAAACAAUUAAAGGACCACAGCAAAUUUUUCAGGCACUCAUUUCAAAAUUUAUGGGCAUAAAUAUGUAUAAAACAUAUAUUUUUUGCAAACUCCAGCCUGUUUUUUAAUGAAGGGCUCCUUCCUUGCUUUAUGAGUCUUCAGUUCGGCUUGUAGGAGCCUGUUAUGAAUUGUCCUAGCACCCAUUCUUUUUGAAGGUUACUUGAGGUCAUCCUCUGAUUUAUGAGGCACUGUCAAAUAAGUUAACGAUCAUCUCUAGCAUUAGAACGUAGCUACUGCUCUCUACCCGGCUGGUUUUCGUUAUUGCCAGUGUCCCCUGCUUCACCUUGUUCUUGUGUACUGCUGAUUUAGAGACUUUGAGCUCGAAAGCAGCCUGCCAUUCAGUGUAGUCCUCUGUCAGUAGAACCAGGAUUAAACCUGGAUUUAAACAUGCAGGUUUUUUUUUAAUAUAGAGUGGCCUCUUAAUUUUUUUCCAGAGCUGUAUGCCCAUUGAAGCACUGUAUGGGAAUACUUUAAUAGAAGUAGUCUGUAGUGAGAUUGUGUGUCGGUUGCCUUUCACUAGCCUCAUUUCCACAAACGGAAAUACCACCAUGAACAAAGUUCUCAUUGCAUUGAGCAGGAAAUGGUCAGCUGGUACUAGCAUCUAGAUGAUCCAGGCCACACAGAAGCAUCACGUCAGGUAGAUCAUCAUGAACACAGUCUAGAUCGCAUCAAAGCAACAAAAAGAAAAUGCAGAUUAAACCAACCAAUGAUGCCCCCACACUCAAGUGACACACCAUUUUUACAUCUAGAAAAUGUAGCUUCCACUUUACACUUCUCAUACUCAGGCUAGAAAACUCUGAAAAACAAAACACAGACACGCCAUGGUGUUGGAAUGUUAUACCUAAAAUACUAACACCUGGAUGACCCUGCUGAGCAGAAGGUUCACAUAUGGAAGGACAGCAAUGAGAGAGGAAACGGUUACCGGGCAUCAGGUAGGAUGCAGUCUGCACAGGCAUGACACCUUUACUAUCUACUAAUAAACUUAUAUGCUCAUAUUUCAACAUUUGCUAUUUUAUGUACUUUCAAGCUUAAAUUUAAGUGACGCAUUACCUUGUGUAAACAUCAUGAAGAGCUACUGUCCUGAAUAAAACACCGUCUGAUCUCA